AUGGCUCAGAAGAGCGCCGCCAUCAACGCCAUUAAUCUCCAGUACGAAGACCUGGCCUCGGAGGUGACCAGGCGCAGAAUCACGAUGACGAGAAGUGGAGACAUUACUGAGAAAAACAGUGAAGCUAGAGAGAUGCAUUCAAGUUCAGAACAAGCCCUUCUUCCUCACUGGGCCCAACUCACAGAACCCCCUGCCCCACCCCCUUCUCCAGCUGAGGAGUCCGUGAGCCCCUGA